AUGCAUAACUGCUGCGAAGUGUUGCUGCUGCUGAUCCUGCUAGUUCUACCCUCAGCCAGUCCUCAUGACGCUGAGAACACUACACAGCAGAAAGAUGAUUCCAGUGGCAUCCCUCCAACUGCAGUGAACAGACCGAUGCAAACAAAUCUGCCACUUCUAAGUGUUGCUAAGUUAAAACAGAAGAGACAAGUUCAGUUUUCUCCGUUUGUCCCUAUCAAUGGUACUAACCUGAUGUGGGUGACCUGGAACAACUCUCUUCCUAAUCAUACUGUCUCACUUUACAAUGGCUAUACUAAUCGAGUUGAUUAUGUCUGUAAGUACAAGUGUGACGCUGGCUUUUAUACGCCCAGCAAGGGUCCUUAUUGCUACUAUCCUAGUGCGACAGAAAAGAGAAGUUUUCGAUUUGAAAUAUUGGUUAACAAAGAGAACUUUGAGAUCCUGGAGUGGAAGGCUGGUUCGUAUGGUUCAGUACCGAAGAAUUCAGUCUGGACCUGCUCAGAGAAGCAAAUAUAUGUGGGCAAGAACGAAUUUGGACUGGGGAAGGUGUCCACUCAAGAUAAGGUUUUCUACUUGCCUUAUAAUGAUAAAGAAUUUUCCUACAACUACUAUAAGGUCCUGACCAUCAAUGAAAAUGUCAUCAGCCAGACGAUCUACAAUGUCAGAUACAACAAUGAUGAUUCUGAAAUCUUCAAAUUUCCUCCUGAGGUCAUGCAUGAAGCAACCAUCAGCAACUAUGAAUGUCACCCAGUAGUGAAAACAGAGUCACUCUCAAAGACAUAUGAGGUGCAGCAGAGGUGGGACUUUACCUUUUCUAUCAAGUUUGGGGUUAAAACAUCCAUUAAGACUGGCAUUCCACUCAUUGUGGCAGGAAAAAUUGAGGUCAGCACAGAGGUGAGGGUUCAGUUUACAAAGGGAACCACUGUGACAGAGAGUAUGACUGAAACUGCCUCUGUGGAGCUUAUCGUGCCACCAAACCACUCCUGUAAAUUUUCCACUGUUCGGCACAAAGAAAAAGUUGAUAUCCCAUUCACAGCACUCCUCAGGCGUACUUAUGGUGAUGGAGAGAUCCACACAACGUCUAUCACUGGGACAUAUGACAGCAUUCAGGUUGGAAAAAUCCAGGCUGUGGUCGAUCGAUGUGAACUUCUAGAAAAAGUCAAGCCUUGUCCAGUCCAAUGCAAAUCCAGUGUGAUGUCUGAUGAUUAUCAGCAGAUUCUGGAGACCAAUGUCCAGGAAUCAGUGACAAAGCUGACGCUGCGCCUGGGCUGGAUCUUUCAACAAGACCACGACCCGAAACACUGCUCAAAAUCCACUAAGGCAUUCAUGCAGAGGAACAAGUACAACGUUCUGGAAUGGCCAUCUCAGUCCCCAGACCUGAAAAUUAUUGAAAAUCGGUGGUGUGUUGGAAAGGGCCCGUUGUGUGUGUUUGACCAACCCACCAUGCGUGGCUCUUUGAGGGAACCUGUGACCACGAGGAGCAUUAGGAAUUGGUCAGAUGAGGCCUUAGCGGACCUACAGGGCUGUUUUGAGGUGACCGACUGGGAAUCACUCUGUGAGCCUCACGCCGAGGACAUCAAUGGGCUUACUGAGUGUAUCAUGGACUACAUAACUUUCUGCACCGACUCCAUUGUUCCAGCUCAGACUGUUCAUUGUUUCCCAAAUAACAAGCCGUGGGUGACUAAGGACAUCAAAGCCCUCCUCAACGACAAGAAGAGGGCUUUCAGAGGGGGCAAUAAAGAGGAGGUGAGAAGGGUCCAAGUGUUACUAAAGGACAAAAUCAUAGAGGCUAAGGACAUUUACAGGAGGAAGCUUGAGUGGAAACUACAGCAGAACAGCAUGAGAGAGGUGUGGAAUGGCAUGAAGACCAUCACUGGAUUCAACAUCAGACGGGGGCUCACCCAGCAGCCACAGUGCAGAAGCCACAGGGGGCUGCGGUGA